AUGAUUGUAUCGUGUGCCAAUUAUCUUCUUCAACAAGCUCAUGAUAGUCCUGGUCCUCCACCAACUGCAAGCUCGCGAUGGGCAAAACAAUGGCUUAAACAGCAACCCGAACUUCACGUACGGCGACAGAGAUCACUUAAUCUCAAUCGCGCACUUGCGCAUGACUCAGGCUCUAUUAUGGAGUGG